UUCCGGUCACUCGGCGUGUUUCAAUGAUUUACCGGCAGAGUACACUCCGAUCGGUGAGGGAAGUGUAUCGUACGGUCGUUCUAUGAUCCAUGGUCUUUACACCCAAACUUCUGUGCGCGCUUGUUUCGUCUCCGUUCUUCGUUCGCCGCCAUCGUUACGAAGACGAGAGAGGUUGGUUUUACUCAUUUUCGCGUAUUAGUGUCGUUACAUCAAAUCCAGCACAAAUGAAGAUGGUUGAUAAAAUAGACAUGAGCCUCGAUGACAUUAUCAAGCAAAAUAAAGGGACGAGACCUCGGGGAGGCGGUGCCAGACGCGGAAGAGGUGCCGGUAAUUCACCUCGUAGAGGAGCACGCAGAACGCAAAGAGUUAGUGGCGGCGUCAUGCGGGGACGCAGCCGUGGCGGUAUAACAAGGAGCACUCUCCCGUACAUAAGGGGCGAUGUAAACAGUGCGUGGAAACAUGACAUGUUCGAUGGAGUGAAGAAGGUAGGCAGAAGUGCCAUAGGUAGUGCUGGAACGACCAAGCUUCUGGUGUCAAAUCUUGACUUCGGAGUAUCUGAUUCAGACAUACAGGAGUUAUUUAGUGAAUUUGGCCCCUUGAAAUCAGCAGCAGUACAUUACGAUAGGUCAGGUCGAUCAUUGGGAUCUGCGGAUGUUAUAUUUGAGAGAAGAGCAGACGCUAUUAAAGCAAUGAAACAAUAUAAUGGCGUACCUUUAGACGGUCGUGAAAUGAACAUACAAGUUGCUACCUCUGAAAUACCAGUCACGUCUAUCCGUGGAGGACCGAGACUUAGCGGCAGCAGCAAUUAUACGCAGAGACCUCAGACCCGCUUUAGGGGCAGUCGUGGAACAGGGUCCGUGAGAGGUCGUGGAACUGGUCGUCGUGGAGGGAGAGGAGCCGCUCGGCAAGUGACGAAAACCCCGACCGCUGAAGAAUUAGACGCAGAACUCGAAGCUUAUGUGAAAGAAGUAAAGUAACAAUGUCACGAACCCUGACAAUUCUAAGAUUUUUGUUCUCUAUUCUGACUUGACACAAAUCGAUGUGUUCCCCUAAUUUUCCAUGAGAAUAUAUAAAAAUGAGUAUAAUUGUAUCAAUA